CCUCCUACGCCCACACAGAAAAAAGAAGAAGAACUCAUGUAUUGGACACGACCACGCACGUAACAUAGCAGUGUGGUCGUUAAUAUGUCAUGUUUACGUGUGUACUAAUUCGUCUAUUGUGUGACAGACUACACUUUAUUUAUUGUUCGUGUCAGAAUGAACCCGACUCGUCUAAUUGAAAUUUUAAAGCUUCUCAGGCUAGUUUAGCUUAGCUUGCUAGUUAGCAUAGCUUGCUCGCUGCUAAAAAAAGACACUCAUAAACUAUCAACACGUCGCUUAGCAGAGUCCUAGUGUGAGUGUAAAGUGUUGGGAUUGUGUCAAAAUGUGUGAAAAGGGGAUAGCAGAGCACGAGAAGGAAGUAUCUCGAACAAAAGCGGAGAAGGAGCGACAACGUCAACUACUGGACGCUGUUUUCCAGAAGCUUCCAGAUGUUCAGCAGCUGAUUGGACGUCAGAAAGAAAGUCUCCCUGAGUCGCAGGGGGGGAACUACACUUUGAAGGAGGAAGAUCUACAUCACCCUCAUAUGAAAGAGGAAGAGGAAGAUCAACAGCCCCAUCAUUUUAAAGAAGAAGAUCAACAUUCCCCCCAUCUUAAAGAGGAAGAGGAUGCUCCACUGCCAUCCCACAUUAAAGAGGAAAUCGAGGAUCUCCAGGCCCCUCAUGUUAAAGAGGAAGAAGAGCCACACUCCCCCUACAUUAAAGAGGAGGGAGAGUGUCUUCUAGGGCAGGAGGAGGCUGAUCUCACCACGUUUGUGAAGACUGAAGACCAUGAAGACAAACCACCUGAGUCCUCACAGCUUCAUCACACUCCAAACGUCCAGCAGCUGAUUGGUCAUCAAGAAGAACCUCUUUCUCUGUUGCUGGAGGUGAGCUCCCCUUUGAAGCAGGAGGAUCCACAGCCCCUUCACAUUAAAGAGGAAGAGGAGAAAGUCGGUAUCACUCAGAAGGAGGUUGAUCUUACCAACUUUCCACUGACUGUUGUCUCUGUGAAGACUGAAGACCAUGAAGACAAACCACUUGAGUCCUCACGGCUUCAUCACAGUCCAAGUGAGGAGAGGAGAGAGGUGGAGCCUCCAAGCAGCAGCUCACCACAACACAUGACAACAGAAGGUGAUGGAGACCACUGUGGAGGAUCACAAGCACACAACCUCUUAGCUCCACUGUCAGAUAGUGAUGACUCAACGUCACACGUUAAUGUAAAUAUGGAAUCACACAUGAAAACUCACACAGAGGAAAAAACUUUCAGUUGUUCAGUUUGCAAUACAAUAUUCUCCCAAAAACGUUAUAUGGAAAGACACAUUAGAACCCAUACAUUAGAAAAACAUUUCAGUUGUUCCGUUUGCGGUAAAAUAUUCUCCCAAAAACGUUACAUGAAAAGACACAUUAGAACCCAUACAAUAGAAAAACAUUUCAGUUGUUCAGUGUGCGAUAAGAUAUUCUCCCAAAAACGUUAUAUGCAAAUACACAUGUUAACACAUACAGGAGAAAAACCCUUUAGUUGUUCAGUUUGUGCGAAAUGCUUUGUUAAAAACGCUGAUUUGACUCGACACAUGCGAACACACACCGGCGAAAAACCUUUCAUUUGCUCGAACUGCGGCAAAAGGUUUGCUCAAAGGGGAACGAUGCUGUCACAUAUGAGAACACACACAGGAGACAAACCUUUCAGUUGUUCAGUUUGCGGUAAAAUAUUCUCCGAAAAACGUUAUCUUAAAAUACACAUGACAACGCACAUAAUAGAAAAACCUCUCAGUUGUCCAGUGUGUGGUAAAAGAUACACGGAUAAAUGUAAAAUGCAAAGACACAUUAGAACGCACACGGAAGAAAAACCUUUCAGCUGUUCAGUUUGCGAAAAAAAAUUCUCUGAAAAACGUUACAUGAAAGUACACAUGAGUACACACACAGGAGAAAAACCUUUCAGUUGUUCAGUGUGCGAUAAAAGAUACACAAACAAGCGCAAUAUGCAAAUACACAUGAGAGCUCACACAGGAAAAUGACUUUUCCUUUUUGGAAGUCUUCUUUGAUUGGAGUCCUGCAGAGUCACUAAUGGUCUACUGCAGGGCUUCUUUAAAGUCUGGACUGUGUUUCCAGAUCCGGAUUACAAGUCAGUGGGGUCUCAGUCACCCCCACCUUAUGUAAAAAAUAACAAAGCACCAUCAAGCUUCUUUCAGGUUCUGGUUAAAAAAUAAAUCAAUAAAUGGUUUCUAAUGUUGAAUUCAAUGUUUUUAAAUAUGAUUCACAAGAUACUUUAAAAGGGAACUGCACUUUUUGGGGGAAUUUUGCAAUCUCUAUGUGUGAGAAGCACACAUGUUUUUAUCUUCUUUUAUGUAUUCCAGUUUGUAAAUAAACUCUAGCAAGAGUCAGCUGACAAUGGAGCCAAUAGGAUUCGCUCUAUCCCGCCUAAAAAGUGCUCUAAAAACCUCCUUCAGCAUUUUAUAUUCUCGCCGUAAGUAUACACGUAAUGUAGUAACAGGCACAUUCAUAAUAACAUGUACAUUUGAGGUAUUUUGCUCAUUUUAAGCAUACGGCGGUGUAUUUAAUUUCACAGAACGCACCGCAACAUUUUGCUAUUUCCUUCAACAAUAACAAGACUACUGAUGAUGGCAGACUUCAUGAGCACCAACAAUGACUCUUUUGGGACGAAUUAUGAUCCAAAACCUUAUAUUUUGGAGCAUAAGUAUACAAAGGAUGAAAUACAAGUUUUAUAAGUGAUAAACAGAUCGAGCAAGUAGCAGCAUUGCUAAGUGCUAAAGAUGAAGUACCAACUACGAACAUAAUAAAAUAAUCACUCACUGUACAAUGUCUGCUCUCAGCGGGAUACCGACUGAUGGGAUGUUUAUAUCUUCAUGUUUAGAUGAAGAAUUAAUCAUAGUCCUCACGCAGGUAAAAAAGUUUUUUUUUAAAGCAUCUUUUUGUGUCUUUCUUGCGAUCUCCGUGUCUAAGUUGACCAACUUCUUGGUUUAUGGCAACAACCUUUUACUAUAGGCAUGAUUUAUAAUCUAGAAUUAACUUUCACCAACUCAAAGGCGAUGCAGCAGCUCAGUACGUCAAUAGCUGCAUAAGCUAGUUAGCUGACUGUGAUCAAGGCACCACUAAAAGUAGCUCUUCGCCGUUCGCGCUAACAACAAUAUCGCGAAUACUUGUUUAAUAUUCGGUCAUGACAUAUAGACGCAGUAUUGUUGGCAGUUUUUGGAUGUUUUUUUGAGUGCUAUAGGUGCAAUACAGCUGCAGUGUAAGCCCCCUCGUACUUGCUGCAAAUUGCAAAUUAGAAUGCAUAAAUAAAGAAAAACUAAGUGUUCUUGUCCUACAUAAGGAUUGUGAGUGCUCGGCAAAAUUCCAAAAAAAGUGCAGUUUCCCUUUAAAGAUAACUGUCAUAAUAUUUUCACUUUCAGCAAAUACAUAUAUUUGUUCAUCCCUUCUUGUUUGACAUUUUCAAAUGAGUGAAAUUUACUAAGUAACAACCUUUUUUUUUUUUUUAAUUACUUUUUUUUGUCAACAAUGUCCUGUUUAGUGUGUGUCUCAGUGGAGUGUAAUAGUGUGAAAAAUAAGUGUAAAAAUAGAAAUUAGAAUAUUAAAUGUGGUAUA